ACCAGCAAGGUGGAUGUUCCCAGGGAAAAACGGGGCUGGAACCCUCUGGCAGCAGGGCAGGAGGUUCUUCUUGUCCCCACUGAGAACUGGAUGUGUGGAGCAGGGUGAAAGUUCCAUCUCCAGGAGCCUUUUUGUCCGUGGAAAGGAUGAGGAGCCCGGAGAGGCUCCCGGCAGAGCACCCCAGGUGACAGAACAUUCGAAGUGCCUCGACAGGGACGCCGAGAGCUGCCGCCACACAGCUCCGGUUUCAAUCAGCAGGAAAAUCAGGGAUUGUCAUCACUUUAAAUCGCAUCUCGUACCCGUGCGAGGCUUCCCAAAGGGCUGCGCUGCAGCGGGAGUCCACGGAGAGCUGAGCCCCAGGGAUGGAAGCGGAACGGGGGGCGUGGAACAGGGGGGAUCCACCCCCGGAUCUGGGGCCAAGCAGCCCGAGACGCCGCAAUGUCACCCUCUGUCCCUGUCCCACAAAGGCUGGAAUGGGGACAGAGCGAGAGGCUGGAGCGCUGGGAAGGUGGGAGGUGGCAGGAGCUCGGCCUCACGCAGGGACGUCGGAGAUGGAGCUGAGGGAGAGAGAACCGAGCCCAGCGCCUGCCCCGAACCCCACGGAGGGCGGAGGAGGCUCCGGAUCGAGGCAAAUCCACGCACAAAUCCCAAGCUGGAGACGCCGGGAAGCCCGGGACGAGCUGAGCCCGCUACGAUGCCCCGGGGCAAACCCUCCCCAGGACUCUCCCCGCUUUUCCCGCUCCCUUUCCCGGUUUUCCCGGCGCUGGCACCGGCGGGCACGGGACGGGGUUGACGUCAACGGGGCUUUCAGCGGGAUGAUGGAUGGCACGGGAAGGAGCUCCCGGUGCCGAGCCGCCGGCCGGGAAGCGCUGCCCGCCCCGCACCGGGAAAGGCUGCGGGGAACCGGCCCGGGAGCCCUCGGGAACGGGCGGAGCGCGGCCGCCGCUUCCCGGUUUUCGGCGCAGCGAUGAUUUCGGGGGGUUCGCAUCCCGGCUCAGAGCCCGCGGGAUG